AUGGCUGCUAGUUAUUGGAAAAGCUCACAGUUUCAACAAUGGCUGUUUGAUCGUCAAGAAUUAAUGUCUAUACGUUUACGUGAUUUACAAAUAUGUUCAAUAACGGAAGAUGAUUAUUUAAAAUUAAUGAUAUUUUAUUCAAAUUUUAUCCAAACAAUUGGUGAACAAAUGAAAGUUAGACAACAAGUCAUUGCAACAGCUAUUGUCUAUUUUAAACGAUUUUAUGCAAGAUAUUCAUUGAAAUCAAUUGAUCCUAUUCUAUUAGCACCAACAUGUCUAUUUUUAGCAUCAAAAGUUGAGGAAUUUAGUACAUUAUCAAAUAAUAGAAUUAUGGCCGGUGUUCAAACAGCAUUCAAAAAAUAUUACCAUUUAUUAGUUACACAACAACAACAACAACAACAACAAGGUAUUGGACAAACUUCAUCUCAACAACUUAGCGAUUAUCCUUAUCAUGCUAAACACAUUUUAGAAUGUGAAUUUUAUCUAUUAGAAAUAAUGGAUUGUUGUCUGAUUAUCUAUCAUCCAUAUCGUUCAUUAGACAUGUAUUCAAAAGAAUUACAAUUAGAUGAUAAUAUUUUUCAGACAACAUGGCGUAUAAUAAAUGAUACAUUAAAAACGGAUGUUUGUCUAUUAUAUCCACCAUAUAUUAUUACAUUAGCUUGUUUAUUUCUUUCUUGUCAUUAUUGUAAAAAAUUAGACGUAUGUAAACAAUAUUUAAUCGAUCAAGGUAAUAAUAUUGAUUUAGAACAAUUGUAUGAUGUUAUUAAACAUUUAUUAAAACUAUAUGAACUUUUAAAAUCGUAUGAUGAAACAAUUGAUGGUAAACAAUUAAAAGAUCUUCUAGGUAAAUUACCAAAACCAAAAUUAGCAUCAUCAAGUCGUCCAUCAUCGCAACCGAAUGAACAACAGUUACAAAUGGUUAUGCAACAAGGAGGACAAUCACAACAACAAAAUAUACAGUAUGUUAUGGUUAGUGCCUCGGAAAUAAUGUCAACAUUUCAUUCCAAUCAUAAUAACAACACGGCAGCAACAACAACAACAUUGACUUCAUUCAAUCAUCGAACAAAAGAUGACGAAGCACACCAACAGCAACAACAACAACAACAACCCGUGUUUACUUGUAAUUUAUCCUGUGUACUGAAUGAUCCGAAAAAAACACGUUAUGAAUCGGGAAAUUUUUUUACAAAAACAUGGGGUAAUACAUUUGUUGAAAAGUCACCGGAGCCCUUGUCGCGUAUACGUGAUUAUACAUUAAGUGAUUUCGAAUCAUAUUUAACAAGUUUAAGAAACAGUGAUAAAUAUGGUCGACCACGAAUAACAGUUCCACAACAAGUUGCAAGACAUAGAAAGUCAGAUCCUACCAUUUCACCACCUGGUGCCACUUUAGCCUUAUCCAAUAUUCCUACAAUAUUUUUAUCAUCCAAUUUUUCUCUCAAUGAUUCUAAUACAUUUAAUCUUGUUUUUCCUGGUAUUGGUCACUUUCAACGUUCAUUAUCACCCAUUGAACAACCACCACCACAACAACAAAAAUCUCGUACAACAUCUACAAGUAGUAACACAUCAGAAACAUCCACUGCAACUACACCAACAAAAAAAUCAACAUCAAAUAAUCGUUCAUCAGUAACAUCCAAUGGAACGACGAUAACAACAAAUCAACAUCAUCAAAAACAAUCAAUAUCAUCAACUAGUCGUGUACUACAAGAUAAAUAUACUCAUUAUUUAGAUGAAAUUGAAGUUCAAAUAUGUCGACAACUAUCGUCAAAAUCAAAUAUAUUUUUGGAUGCUGUUAAAUCACAUGAUGAAAUUCAUAAAUUUUUAAUACAAACACGUCAAGCUAUUUCAUCAUUACGACAAGAACUAACAACGCAUGAUGAAACAUCUAUAUUAACACUUUUAAAACUUUAUCGUUACAUGCGUCAACGUCAAAAUCAAUAUUUAAUUUUAAAAAAAUUACGUUCUUUAACAACUGUAAAACAAACACAAAUUACUGUUCGUUCAUUAUUAACAACAAGUGAUUAUGUGAGUGCAUUAGAUUUAAUUUUGGUUACGAGAGAAAUUAUACAAACAGAAUUACAUGAUUUACAUUGUCUAAGAUAUUGUGAUCAACAAUUGAAUGAACUGAAUAUUUUAAUUAUUAGCAUGAUGAGACAAGAAUUUGGUCAAUAUCUUCAAGAUGAAUUAAAAAGAGACACUACAGAUAUAAUUGAUGAAGAUAAAUUUUCGGCUAUAUUAGUUGGUUUAAUUCGUGUUAAAGAUGAUAAAUAUUUAGAUGAAAUUAUCUCAAAAUUUGAGUUGUUUAUUCAACAAACAAUUGACAAAGCAAGAAGAGAGAAAUUAGAUGAAACAAAACAAAAACAAAAUAGAAACAGUGAUUCGCCCGAUCAACCACUUCCUUCAACACCUGAUUUUCGUUACACUUAUCCAACACACAAUAAUUCCUAUCAUUUUUCUCAAUGGAAAUCUAUUAUUGAACAUAUUUUACAUGAAAGUCAAUUAACAAUAGAACGUAUCAAUUCUUUUGUAAAUUUAAUCUUAGAUAUAUUUCAAAAAUGCUUACAAUCAAAAUCACCUGAUGAAUAUCAUCAAUUAAAAUCGAAAUACAUUCAACAAUUGCAUGUACUCUAUGAUUCAAUACAAGAUCGUCUCAUUAAAUUAUUUAAUGAUUUAACAACAAAACAACAACAAAAAUCUCCUCUAUUAUUUGAACGUUUAUCAAUAUCUGAUUUUUCAACAAUUGUUCAUAUAAUUCAAACGUAUACAUUAAUAUUUGAACAAUCCACAAUAUUAUCCUAUCGUUCUCAACCAUUUCGAACAUGGUUACAAUCUCAAACACUCAAAUUUAUUCAACAUUUUCAUGAUGAAAGAAAACAACAAAUUAAUUCUAUAUUAGAUACUGAACAAUGGAAACAAGUUCAAGUUCCACGUCCAUUACAGAUAUUAGUUGAUCAUAUUCAAUUAAAUGGUUUUACAAAUAUUGAUCAAUUAUCUUCUACAACUACUAAUACUACAACUUCAACUACUUCAAAUGAACAUGUUCUUAUUCAAAAUGAAACAUUUCUAUUACCAAAUUGUGGUCUAAAAUUAUUUACAAUUAUUAUUGACUAUUGUCAAUGUAGUACUAUUUUAUAUACACAUACACCAAAGUAUGUCAUUAGUGACAUACAACAUCGUCUCAUUGAAAUUUUAAAUAUAUUUAAUUCGAAAACAUGUCAACUUGUAUUGGGCGCUGGAGCUGUAAAACUUGGAAAAAUAAAAACAAUAUCGGCAAAAAUUCUUGCUCUAACAAGUAGAUGUUUACAAUUUAUUCAAUAUUUUUUACCUAAAAUUAAACAACAUUUUGAUACAUUACAACAAUUAUCGACUAAUAAUGAAUUAACUAUGCCUUCUUCUCACUCAUCAUCAACAAUUUCAUUUUUAUCAUCAAAUAAACAAUUUGAACAAUUAACAAAACUCUACAAUGAUCAUAUUCAUGAAAUUCAUCAAAAGCUUCUCACAAUAAUUGAACAAACAUUUGAUGAAACAUUAUCGACAUAUGAAGUACGUGCACCCGUACCAUCCGAUUGUUUUCGUACAUUAACUACUCGUCAUAUACUCUCAUUUUAUAAUGCUAUUAAUUUAAUUGUAUCACAUGCUGAUCUUCAAUACUUGUUUACAUGUUUAAAUCAAAUAUUUAAAAGACUAUUAGCAAAACGUUUAAAACAAUUAAAAAUUGUCAAUGAUGGUGGACCACAACAUGGUCUAUUAACACGUGAUCUACUUUUUUAUAUUAAACAAAUACAAAAUUUAGAGGGUCUACAAACAUUAGAACUACAUACUGAUGAAAUAUGGGGUAAUACAACAACAAUGUCAAAUGGAACAGAUAAAUAA